AUGUGCCUCAUCUGCCACUACGUCCACUACGCCCAGAAGAGGAUCCAGGACAGGAAGGCGCCUCCCAGCCUUGGACCUUCGAGACAGCUGGCUGCUCUGGACCUGAGAACACCGAGGGACACCAGCGGAGAUCGAAGAAGGGACAGCGAGUACACCACAGCCGAGGACAUCGCUGAGGAACGCUGGAUAGUGGAGGCCAGAGUGAGUGUGGGGAACCUGCACUGGUCGGGGGUGCAAGGAGGCGCGCUGUCCGGGUGCAAGAAGUCUGCACUGGCGGGGGACAGGACGCUGUCUUGGUUUCAGAGAUUGGCAGUCACCCCGCAUCUUCUGCAGCCAUCAGAGUAACACCAGGAAGAAAUGGCUGCAAUGGGCCCUGGGAUCAGCCUUCCUCCCUGCAAGAUUCCCAGACUGGCAGAGGUUGCUGAGCUGGUCACCUCUGCUCUCUCCUCAGCCAGCCGCAGGGAAGAGCUGGCAUUGGCCCUGAAGAAGGAAGGCUACAUUCCAAAACUCUUAGAAGUUUUCCAAGUCGCCGAGGAGUUACAGCUCAGCCAGGCCUUGCAGUAUUUGUCAGCCAUUAUGCAAGGAAUUCUAUGGCUUGACCAAGCAGCUGUGCUGGAGGUGAUGCUGUCGCAGGAGUGUAUCAUGGAUGUGGUCGGCUGCCUCGAGUAUGGCCCCUCUUUGGCACAGCCCAAAUGGCACCGGCAGCUCCUGUGGCAAACAACCAAGCUGAAGGAGCUUCUGCCCAUCCAAGACCCUGAGCUCCAGCAGAAACUCCACCAGAUGCACUGGGCACAGUAUAUUCAGGCCAUCAUCCUGCCCAAGGCAGCUGGAGUGGGAGCGGAUUCUCUGCCCAGCCUCACCUCCUUCAUCAGCUGCAGGAAAAACGACAUCUUCCAUGUGUUGGAGAAAGACCAGAGAUUCUGGUCAGAAGUUCUGGCCCAGUUAACAGCGGGAGCUACAGGUGCCCACCAGCGAUGGGAAUUGAUGAACUUUCUGAAGGACUUCUGUGCCUUUUCCUUCACGUUUCACCAGAACAGGGAGGCAUUUUUACAAAGCUUGGCCAAGCUGGGACUUCUUCCUGCUCUUGAAAUUCUGCUGGGAAUGGACGAUCUGCAAGUGGCAUCUGCUGCCACAGACAUCUUGUCUUAUCUUGUUGACUUUUGUCCAUUCCUGGUCCAAGAAUUUGUCAUGCAAGAGGCCCAGCAGAGGGACCAUGGCACCGACCUCAUCCGUGUGCUCAUGAAGCAGAUGAUCUGCUCUCCUCCUGCUGCAUUUGGAGGAGCUGAUCAGGCCAUGGAGCUGUUGCAGACACUGCUUGAUCCAGGGAAUCUGCUGACCAUAGCUGAGGUGUCCAAGAUACUUGAAUUUUUCAAUUCCUUCUACACGUGCUGUCUUCCUGUUCUGACUGCGCCACUUCUGGCCAAUGCAGCAAAAGAUGAUUAUCAAACAGCACAACUCCUGGCCUUAAUUUUGGAGCUGCUGUAUUUUUGUGUGACACGGCACCAGGAGCACAUGAGGGCUUACAUCCUCCACUGGGAUUUGCUAAGAAGGGUCCUCCUCUUGAUCAAUUCCAAACACACAUUUCUGGCCUUGAGUGCUCUGCACUUCCUGAAGAAGAUCAUUGCCCUGAAGGAUGAGCUUUAUAACUAUUACAUCAUCCAGGGAAACCUCCUGGCACCCCUUGUGCAGGCUCUGCUGGAGGAUGGAGCUAUGUUCAACCCGCUCCACUGGGCUCUGCUGGAGCUGUUUGAAUUCCUCAGACUGGAAGAUUGUAAGUCCCUGGUUACCUAUGUCAUCGAGAACUUCUAUCCUGCACUGGAAUCCAUCACCUAUGUGCGGACAUUCCAGGGACUGAAGAGGAAAUAUGCGAGAGACCAGCAGCAACAAAAGCAGAGCGCGCACAGAGAUGCAGGAGCCUCAAAGCAGGACGAGCAAAUUAUUAUCAAUGUAGCCCAAGGGGGGGCAGUUCAGACGGCACCAACGAGCUCGAAGGGCUCCUCUUCAAAGACUGCAACCCCAUGCCCGCUGCUGGUGGCCCUCAAGAGAUCUCGGCCAGUGGACUCUGACAGUGAUCAAGAGGAGGAAAUUCCAAAGAAACGACUGCGUUUGGCUGAAGGAAAGAAACCUACAUUUGGGGGGUUUUAG